AUGUCCUCGAUCGCAGCCUUCUCAUUCGGUGCACUUGGUGACUUCGUCGCCCUCUUUGAUCUCGCUCAGAAGGUCAAGAGGUCACUAGAUGCUACCUCUGGUGGAUCGGAGGACUAUCUCAUGCUACUUGUCGAAGUCGACUCAUUGGUCCGCAUCCUUCGAAUGGCCACCACAGGUUCGACAUUGACUCGGCUUUCACAACUUUCUCCCGCCUUGGUACAUACAGGUCGUAAUGCUCUUAAAUCGUCGCAUGAUGUUCUGGAGAUUCUCGAGAAGAAGGUAAUGACCUACCAGGACAAGUUGCGAAGGGGAGGAUCAAAACGAAUGAUGAUGGAAUCUUGGAGGAAGAUCGGAUGGGGUUUGCUCGUCAAGGAUGACGAAGUAAAAAAAAUACGGUGGCAACUGAUAUAUCACGUCAAGACCAUCCAAGUUGUCAUGUCAUUCGCGCAGCGGUAG